AUGGAGUUGGUUUGCCAGGAAGAGAUGGUAAAAAUGGUAUUCCAGGAAAAGAUGGUCAAAACGGUUUGCCAGGAUCAAGAGGACGAGAUGGUCGAGAUGGUCAACAUGGCUCCCCAGGACCACGAGACCUCGAAAGGGAGUACUGGAAAAAGAGAUCCACGUGGUGUUCAGGGACUAAGGGGCCAUCCUGGUCCUAAAAGUGGUGGUGUUCAGUACAUACGCUGGGGGAAAAUCUCGUGCCCUUCUGGUGCUAAACUCGUCUACAAAGGUCGUGUAGGAGGAGAGUGGUUCGGCCACCCAGGUGGAGGUUCCAACUAUGUAUGUCUGACUGAGUCUCCUAAGUACUGGAGCUAUACAAAUGUCCUUGAAAAGUAUUCAGCAUUCAUGUAUGGUGCAGAGUACCAGGCUCGCUCCGCCGAUCAUCCCAAUCCAUUCAACAACAAAAACCUUUACAAUCACGAUGUCCCUUGUGCUGUAUGCUUUGUUCCAAACCGCAACACUAAACUCAUGAUCCCGGCAACUUACGAGUGUCCCGCGGGAUGGUCCAAAGAGUACUGGGGAUAUAUCAUGUCGGAGCAUCACGGACACGCAAACCAAAAAAAAUUCAUUUGCGUUGAUCAAAAUGCAGAGCCUGUCAAAGGAACCAUUCAUAACCGUGACGGCGCGUUGUUGUAUGGUGUCCAAGGAAGGUGUGGCUCUCUGCCUUGUCUUCCUUACGUAGAAGGACGGGAACUGACAUGCGCAGUGUGUACCAAGUAG